AUGGCACCACAUACGGGAUAUUCGUGUGUCGGCUGUGGUUGCAAUCCUAUUAAAGAUUUUCGAUAUGGCACGGACAUAGGUGCAACCACUAUCAGUGUCGUUGGUACUGUACUUGGCAUUGUCGGUUUAUUCACGCCACUCGCUCCUGUUGCUGCUGCGACACUAAUAGCUACAACUGUCGCAGCGGGAACCUACGGUGCUAAACGCAGUACAAAUGCACUUGUUGAUCGUACUACACAUGGUCAAUCUAUCAAUCCUUUUACUAAUAAAGAUUCAUUUUUCUGUUGGCUUGGUCUUGUUGGUGCCAUUGUUUCUCUUGGUGCGACAACGGCAACAAGUGUUGUGUCAUCAAUGGCAGCACGUGGAACACAUGUUGGUCAAUUUGCACGUAUUGCAGCAACAACUGCUAUUUUUGGCAGUGUAGGAGUCAAUAGCGUAAGCAUAAUAGCCGGUUUUGCUGCUGCUGCAUGUGAAAUAAAAGCAUGGCAGUUGUAUAAUGCUGCAGAAGAUAAUCUGGCAGCUAAUCCAAAUAUGCCUGAUGGACAAUAUUUGAAAGAAGUGAAUCAAGGAAGAGAUAUGAUGAGGAUAGCAUCUGAUGUUAGAGGUGAACAUAUGACUUCAGCAGACACUUUGAAACAACAAACAGCUGUAAAAGCUCAAAAUUCAUUGAAUCAGAAAACGCCAUUACAAACUUUAAGUGCAGUGAAACAAAGUGCGCCUGGACAAACUCCAAGUUCAUUAAAUCAAAUUUCAGCCACAGUCAGUCAAGGACUGAGAGCUCAAGAGGACCAAAACAUUUACAAUUCAGUUAAGUUUCGUAGUGAUCAACAACAAAAGAAGAAACAAAAAAUUAGAGAACAACACGAUUCAAACCCAGACGAAAGUGACGAUGAAGAUUGUAUCUGUCGAAGUGUUACCAUAAAGGUUUUAUAUGUUAAUAUGUGUAGCGUGAAGCCGAAUAAAACACAUCGAGCGAUACCUAAUAAAAUCCAACGAUUAAGAAAUCUUAUAUUAAUGCAUCAACCUCACAUCAUUGCUAUUGUUGAAUCAUGGCUGAACACUGACGAUGAUAAUGAACAGAUACUUUCCUACUUGAACUUAGCUGAAUAUAGAGUUUUUCGACAAGAUCGAGGAGAUGGUCAUCAUCCAGGUAAUGCUUAUGGCCAUACAACGACUGGUCUAGAAGACCGACGUGGUGGUGGUAUCUUAGUACUCUGGAAAAAGCCCGAUGAUUUCAAUGUAGAUUUCAACAGACAACCAGCUGAAGACUAUGCGGAUAAUGCUGUAAAUUUUGAUCUUGAUUAUAAAUUUCAAUGUGCAUAUUGUUCUAAUGGACAGCCAGUAAAGAAAUAUGGAUUUACUGUAGCUUACAGACGACCAGGACCAUUUGCGGAUCAAGGCAAGUAA